AUGGCGCAGCGCGUAGACGCAAGAGACAGCAGAGAGGAUGCAGGAGGUAGCCAGGGAGAGAAGACGGAGGGAGGUGAGGAGUUAGUGCAGAGGCUGGUGGCUUCAACAAAUGAGACUUGCAGCACCAAACGAGUCGGUCAGGUUGAAUGCAUGGUAUUGGGACUCUGCUUCCUGAUUUGCAAGGAUGAAGCGAGAGACAAGAGACAAGAGACAAACAAGAAAAUAAGUCUUACGAACGAGCGAGACGAGGCGGCUUCAGGCUGGAGAGAGAAGCCACAGAAGAAAAACGAAAAAACACCGCACAGUUGA